AUGGAAGAACUUCUUCUCCGCGAUCACAGCUGUCUACGGCCCGCCGACAAAGGGUACUGCUCCUCUCCUCAGCGCCGACGGUAGCACUCUCCUGAGUGGGAAGUCCCAAAUUCUACAGCGAUGGGCCGAGCAUUUCUGAGGCGUCCUCAAUCGCCCCUCCGCCAUCUCCGACGUCACCAUCGACCGAUUUGCCGCAAGUGGAGACCAACGUGGACCUCGACCUCCCGCCAUCCCUUCAGGAGACCAUCAGGGCCGUGCAGCAGCUCUCCAGCGGGAAAGCACCCGGAUCGGACGCAAUCCCUGCCGAGGUCUACAAGCACGGAGGUCCCCUACUGAUGGAUCACCUGACUGCGCUCUUCAAAGAGAUGUGGCGUCAAGGUGAAGUCCCUCAAGAUUUCAAAGACGCAACCAUCGUGCAUCUCUACAAGCGCAAAGGGAAUCUCCAAGUCUGCGACAAUCACCAUGGCAUCUCCUUGCUGAACAUCGCCGGGAAGAUCUUCGCUCGCAUCCUCCUCAAUCGUCUGAAUAAUCAUCUUGAACAGGGCCUUCUGCCGGAAAGUCAAUGCGGCUUCCGUCGUCAUCGUGGGACCACGGAUAUGAUCUUCGCCGCCCGUUAA